AUGGUCCGAUACGCAUUCGACGACUCCAAGCUGGCGGAGAAGACCGCCAAGUCGCGCGGCGAGUACCUGCGUGUUCACUUCAAGAACACGCGCGAGACCGCCGCCGCCGUCAACGGCCUGAAGCUCCAGACCGCCUACAAGUACCUCGGCAACGUCGUGGAGAAGAAGCAGUGCAUCCCCUUCCGCCGCUUCAACGGCGGUGUUGGCCGCACCCAGCAGGCUAAGGAGUUCAAGACCACUCAGGGUCGAUGGCCCGUCAAGUCGGUCAAGUUUCUCCUUGCUCUCCUUAAGAACGCCGAGUCGAACGCUGAGGCCAAGGGUCUUGACACUGAGGAGCUCGUGAUCCGCAACAUCUCGAUCCAGCAGGCGCCCAAGACGCGUCGUCGCACGUUCCGUGCUCACGGUCGUAUCAACCCUUACGAGGGUCACCCCAUCCACGCCGAGAUCCUGCUCUCGGAGCCCGCUGCGCAGGUGCCCAAGGCCGAGUCGACCGAGGUCGUUCGCCUCAACAAGCGCCAGCUCGCUGCUAAGCGCGUCGGCGCCGCCCGCGCCAUCAAGGCCUAA